AUGUUCACGGUGAACAUCUCCUUCUCCAUGUCGUUUGUGAGAGCUCACCCCGAGCAGCUGAGGAAGCAACUGUCAAUCAGGCGCAUACAUAGGAACCUCAGGUAACCAUGGUGAUGCGGCUGUCUGUGUUGGAAUGGGAGUACAUAGAGCUCCUCUGGAUGAUCAAAUACUGCCUGGUCCGCUUUGCGGGGUACAACGGUCCUCUUGUGUCGCUGCUUGCUGCUAUUUCAUGAAGUCUUUUAAGAUCAUAUCUCAUGUCUUCUAUUUAUGUUUGUUAGUGUUAUGUCGUUUUUCAAAAAGGUAUUCAUCCUUUAGAAAGAUAGAAAAGAGCCUCUGCUAAGCAGAAUUGUACAUGGAUUACAGAAAGAGAUUGAGUGUGUAUGUGUGUGGUCAGUAUGGGCUUAAUGAAUCUCUGUGACUCACCCUCCCAUGUGGGAACAAACCUAAUGCAGUCAUUUGAAAAAGACUGCCUUAUUCAGACCCAGACCUACUGCACUGCUACUAUUGUUCAUCAGGCUUUCAUUGCUGAAUAAGCUUUAUUCAUACAGUAUGCUCUAGAUUGAAGCCAUGGGCAUGAACCUAAAUGAAUGGACUCUCAUUAGAGGAAAUGCAUUAGAUUUGGAGGGUAUUGUAACCAGGGGUUGGAACCGGUUCAGGAAACAGAACUGAAAACCGAGGAACGGAAACGGAACCGGGAACGAAAGUGAUCUCUAGUGUUCCGGAACAGAACCGUUCAUUUCAAAUCUUGAGAACCGGUUAAUAAUGUUAUUUUUUGUUCCCAAAAAUAUUCCUAAUGUCUAGUAUAUCAUUCUGUAAUUUGGUGAAGUUACAAUGCUAGUAAUAGCCUGACCAUAUUCCAAUUCAUAUCAUGUCAUGAUGUUCGGCGCUUCAAGCCAAGCCCCCUCCAUGUCUGUCCCUCUCUCUCACUUUCUCCCCAUCAGUGAAAUUUCAGUCGCAUCUCGAGCCUGCAUUUAUCUGACCAAUCAAACAACUAGCUUACACGUUCCAGAGCAAGCUUUUCUAUCUAUACUAAUGGGUCAAGUAAAUUAAUGAGCUAUUUUGUAAAAAUUAUGUUGAUUUCACAGGUAAAAAAAUAACAAAAAGGAACUAUAUGAACCAUUACUUUUUUUGGGUUUGAACCAGUUCAGAACUUUAUUUUCUGGUUGGAACACUGGAAUGGAACAUAAAAAAUAAGGGUUAUGUUCAGAACGGAACGAUUGGAAAAUAAUUUUGGAUCCAACCCUCUUGUAACAAUCCAGAAUGUGCUGAUAUGGGUUUUAGAUCAAUAUGAGGUAUUUAUGUAUGUACCAUACAAUCAUUGCUCUUCAGUCUAAGUACCUUUUAUUCAUGUUAAUCAACCUUUGUGAAACCAUUUAAAACGUACCAUGCCUCUUCACAUGUUUUACUGGAACAAUCAUAAUGCUAGGAAAGUAUAUUGUAUGCAGUCUUGGCUCCCAUUGACGUAAAAAGAGUCUCUUCAGCAACUUAGAGCAAAGCCAUUAGGGAUUGAGUAGGAAUUGUUCUUGUGGACCGCAGGCUGAGUACUGGGAGUGAAGACCACUAAUGGGAACCAUGCGGAGGGCUCUGCUGAGAGGGGCGACUGUGUGUGUAAGCUUCCAGAGCCUCUGCAGAGUGUGUCUUUGCCUUAUAGUCUGAGGCAUAUUAUCAGAAGGUUUUUGAUGGUCCCUAGCAGUGGUUUGGCCUCUUCAGGAUCCUCAGUCCGACACAGUCUGGAAUUCAGCCUGCCUGUUGACUCACAGCAGCUAAAACUAAAACAGAGCUGCAGCAGGAGCAGUCAUGCGUGGGGCUGCUCAUUGUGGGUGUGUGUGUUUGUGUGCCCGCACACACACAUGAGCGUGAAACGGAACAGCGCUUGAGGGGGCAAAUAGUUCAUGCAAAAGACAGCAUGUCUUGGUGGGCCCAGUUGUGCCUUGAAACUCAAAGCAUUGUUCGAGGUGAAGUCUGAUCAUAAUCACCACAUGUUCUUCCUACAGGCCUAUUGUCAGUGUAGUUCAGCACGUGUGAGAGUGCCGUCUAAGUAUUUAAUUUCCUGUUUGUGUAAGGAUGUUUAUUACUCAUUUAUAUGCUGCAAUCUUUUUUCCUGCAAAGGUAAAUGAAAGUACUUACUUUGAAACAUGUAUAUAAAGCACUUCUCUUCAGGCUCUGCGGCAGCAUAGUCCAAGGAUUGUAUACUUAUUGCAAAAUGAGAUAUGUAUGUGUCACCUUUUCCAGAAUACAAGUUGGUGGCAUGUAUAAACAGAUGUUGGUGUGGGCUGUUUCCUAAACUGCCUCUGUCUCCCCUUCUGUCUUUCUCUCCCUCACUUUCCACUACUAAAACCUCUGUUAGCUACCUGGGAUGCAUCCUUGAUGGAAGCUUGGGGGGGGGGUGAGCAUGGCCAGUUAAUGCCAGGACCAAGUUUCUGGCUAAAAUGUCCAAGCUGCUUGAUAAGGACUCAAUGAGAGUGCUAGCCACUGCCCUCAUUCAAUACCAUUUUGAUCACGCUAGUACUUCCUGGUUUGGGGGCUUAUCUAAGCUUCUGAAGGGGAAGCUCCAGAUAGCCCAGAAUAAGAUGAUCAAAUCAAAUCAAAUUGUAUUUGUCACAUACACGUGUUUAGCAGAUGUUAUAGCAGGUGUAGCGAAAUGCUUGUGCUUCUAGCUCCGACAGUGCAGUAAUAUCUAACAAGUAAUAUCUAACAAUUUCACAACAUAUACCCAAUACACACAAAACUAGUAAGAAUAUAUACGGACAAGCAAUGACAGAGCGGCAUGGACUAAGAUACAGUAGAAUAUUAUAGAAUAGAAUAUAUAAAUAUGAGAUGAGUAGUGCAAGAUAUGUAAACAUGAUUAAAGUGACUAGUGUUCCAUUUCUUAAAGGGAAGAACAGGGUACUAUUGAAGGUGAGUCCAUAUACUCACAUAGGCAGGAGCUGCUUUCAGGAAUCAACUGGCUGCCUGUUGAGGGUGUCCCAGAUUAGACUGGGUCUGGUUUAAUUAGGGUCUCCCAGAUUAGACUGGGUCUGGUUUAGUGAGGGUGACCCAGAUUAGACUGGGUCUGGUUUAAUUAAUGUGUCCCAGAUUAGACUGGGUCUGGUUUAAUGAGGGUGUCCCAGAUUAGACUGGGUCUGGUUUAAUUAGGGUGUCCCAGAUUAGACUGGGUCUGGUUUAAUUAGGGUGUCCCAGAUUAGACUGGGUCUGGUUUAAUUAGGGUGUCCCAGAUUAGACUGGGUCUGGUUUACAGGAGGAUUUAUGGUUCUGCACCCAGAUAUCUGAAUGACUACUUUCCCCAUGUUAGGGAUGCACACAACCACAGCACCAGAUCAGGUGUUGCUAAUGUGCGCUAAUACAGGUUCAGGAGUAAUGCUGGGAAUGGUACUUUCUUGUAUACUGGAGCCUCAGAGUGGAAUGAGUUGCCUCUGACCAUAAAAACAACAUCCUCUCUGGGCAGCUUUAAAAAUAAAGUUAAAAAACGUUAUGUCUUCUGUGCCCAUAUGAAUGUACCCUACGAUGUAACUGCAAUGAUGAGAUAGAUGUUCUUCUUCUUUGUUUUUAUGUUUUAUUAUCUCGUUGUCAUACUGUGUUCAACCGUGUCCGAUCUUGCCUAGCCAUCUUGUCUCAAGAGGACCACAAUGGAAAUAAGUCCCAGACGUUGUGUUAUUCUCGAUGAUUUUACUCAAGUGCAUGUAUGUUUUUUUUCAAGUUUUAUGUUUUUUUUGUUGUUGAAUGAAUGAAUGAAUGAACAAAUGAAUAAUCUAAACACUUCUCUCCCUCUCUCUGUCUGUCUCUGCCUCUCUCCUGUGCUCCCAGUCCCGCAACGCGCCCUGACGCUGUCGCUCUGUUUGGCAGGGAGCCGCGGAAGGUGCUGCUGCACAAGGGCUCCACGGGGCUGGGCUUCAACAUCGUGGGCGGCGAGGACGGAGAGGGCAUCUUUGUCUCCUUCAUCCUGGCCGGAGGACCAGCAGACCUGAGCGGAGAGCUCAGAAGGGGAGAUCGCAUCCUCUCGGUCAGUGGCUUACCGGUCCUGGCAACUAACUAACCAGCCAGCCAACCUGUGGCAGGGCUUGCACAUCUAAGAUAUUUGCUUUAAAAUGUACAGCAGGUUGCAUAGUAUAUACAGUAUUAGUGCUUCGACAUAGCGACAUAGAUAGCUCCCAAAUGCAUUUAAGGUGUUUUAGCACUGAAGAUUUACCAUCAAAGACUUGCCUUUACCAAUAGACAAUAACAAUGGAGAGGGGAGUAGACCCAAAGGGGUAACAGGCUAAAUAUGGUAAAUUGGGCAGCAUGGAAUCAAAGUAAUCCAAAGAGACACCAUUGGACCAUCUUCCAGUCAAGGUCACAGUUCUCAUUUAAACCAAUAAUUUCUUAUAUCUAAUGCAAGGCCCCCCAUUGUGACUCAGCCAUUUUCUCUAGUCACGAAACUGUUCAUCAUGCCAAGGUCAUACCUCCACUGAUUGAAAACUAAUCAUCCAGCUGGUGAUCCAAGAGAGGGUAAAUAGUCUGAGGCUCUCCUCUACAGUGCUAUGAAAAAGUACCAAACCAUCACACCACCACCACCAUGCUUGACCUUUGGUAUGAUGUUCUUAAUGUGGAAUGCAGUGUUUGGUUUUCACCAGGCAUAAUGGGACCCAUUUCGUCCAAAAAGUUGACUCAAGUUUGCCAAAAAGCACCUGGAUGAUCAUCAAGACUCUUGGAAGAACAUUCUAUGGACAGAUUAUUCAAAAGUAUAACUUUUUGGACGACAUGGUUCCAGUAAUGCCUGGCGAAAACCAAACUCUGCAUUCCACAGUAAGAACAUCAUACCAAAGGUCAAGCAUGGUGGUGGUGGUGUGAUGGUUUGGGGAUGCUUUGCUGCCUCAGGACCUGGACGACUUGCCUUAAUAGGAACCAUGAAUUCUUCACUGUAUCAGAGAAUUCUACAGGAGAAUGUCAGACCAUCCGUCUGUGAGCUGAAGCUGAAGCGCAGCUGGGUCUUGCAGCAAGACAAUGAUCCAAAACACACGAUCAAGUCUACAUGAAAAUGGCUAAAAAGCAACAAAUUGGAAGUUUUGGAAUGGCCUAGUCAAAGUCCAGACCUAAUCCCAAUUGAGAUGUUGUGGCAGGACUUGAAACGAGCAGUUCAUGCUUGAAAACCCACACGUCACUGAGUUAAAGCAGUUCUGCAUGGAAGAGUGGGCCAAAAUUCCUCCACAGCGACGUGAGAGACUGAUCAACAACUACAGGAAGCAUUUGGUUGGAGUCAUUGCAGCUAAAGGUGGCACAACCAGUUAUUGAGUGUAAGGGGGCAAUUACUUUUUCACACAGGGGAAUUGGGUGUUGCAUAACUUUGUUUAUGAAAUAAAUAUGUAAUUGUUGUGUUAUUUGUCCACUUAUGUUCCCUUUAUCUAAUAUUAGGUUUUGGUUGAAGAUCUGAUAACAUUCAGUAUCACAAAUAUGCAAAAGUAGAGAAAAUUAGAAAGGGGGCAAAUACUUUUUCAUAGCACUGUACAUCCUUAUGUCAGAGCCAGGUAGUCUCAUUCCUUUGUAGGCUCAAUAUCUCUGUGAGGAACAGUGUUGGUUGGUCCAUUGACAUGUCAAUCAAGGCUCCAUGGUUGAGGUUCUGCCCUCUGCUCUGUGUCUCAGGUGAACGGGGUGAACCUGCGGAACGCCACCCACGAGCAGGCAGCUGCAGCGCUGAAGAGGGCCGGCCAGACCGUCACCAUCAUCGCCCAGUACCGACCAGAAGGUAGGAGUUUCUCUGCUCUUUCUCCCUCUCUCAACCCACACCUACCUACCCCACAUACUUUACAUUUUAGUCGCUGUCAUCCAAAGCAACUUAUGGUCUGUUUGUGUGCAGUAAGGGAGCUGCUGAGCAACUGCACAAACAGCUCAUUCUUAGCUUCUACUUUCAAUGUUAUCUUGAUCUUUAUGUUGUGGAACAGAUGUGCUGAAUAAUCAUCUCAGUCUUACCGAGGACUGAGCUAAAUGAGGGGCAUACAUGUGAUCUAGUUAAGCAAACCUGCUCCUACAGUAUUUGUAGUUCUUACUUUGAAGUGUAGACCUACUAAUGUAAAUAUUUACAAUACAGUAAAACCAAUCUUUCAGAAGCAUGUGACAUGUAAAUGUCCCAAAUGUUUAAACUACUGCAGUGGUGUAGGCAGCCCUUGAAAAAGAAAAGGAGAGCCUCUCUCACACUAGGAGCUCAGAUGCAAUAAUUGUAUAAACGUUUCCACAUACCAGCUGUCUUCAUCAGGGUACAGGCAGCCCUUACCUGGUCUGGCUUAGUUAUCUUGAAGAUAAUCUGGUUUGCAAAUGAGGACAGUAGGCUACAGAGCGUUGUGUGAUUGGCUCACUGUGCCUGGAUUCAUGUUCAGGGGCACCGUUUACAUUAAUACAUUCGCUGUACAGCCAGACUGAAGUGUAGAGGCAACUGCAAGGCGGGCCAACCGAAGGGCCCUAUUUCGGCUGUCACUGUACUAGGGAAGGAAAACGGAAACAAAGCAAACUGGAGAGAGGGCAGGCAGAGGGGCGCGAACAUAAUUACAGAGCGUGCGCGAGGAUAUACUAGGGAGACGAAAGGAAAAGGUGGAGGAACUUUUUAACUUCUUCAGCUAUACACAAAUGUGCAUGGGGGAUGGGCAUGGAUUCCCAGUCGGCUGGAUGUUAGGAUCAUCAGAUACCACGGGCUGCGAAGUAACACAGCAUUGCACUGAACAGAGGUGAGGAAAUAAGCAGGAGCAAUUAUUGUCUCGUGCGCUCCCAUUUUCAGGAAAGAGGGUGGAGAGAAUACAGUGGAAUCAAGAACAUUCACUGUAACAUUUGUGUCUUUACUUUGUCUGUCGGCAUGCAAGCUUUUGGGGUCGGCUAACGAGAGUAACUUGCCAUUAUAGGGUUAUCUGUUGUUGCCCAACCAAGUUACGGGGCAAAGCCGUUGGUUAGUUUAUGUUUGCGCCCUUUGGUCAACUCUAUUCUUAGGUAAACCCGAUGCUAGGAUCCGUUUGGAAUUAGCUAUAAUCUAGAUGGUAUUUGUAGCUAACUAGUUAGCUAGCUACAGUAGCUAGUUAUGUGCCCAUAGAUCGCCAGCUUCCACCAAAUGCAGUUAGUUAACGUAGCUAGCUAAUUUACCUAACGACGUUAGCUGGGUAGUUAGUCAAAUUAAUUGAGGAAGUCUAGUUAUCUAGCUUGUUAAGGUUAGUAUUCAACCUAAAUAACAUGUCAGAGGUUAUCUAAAUGUGUAUUAGCUAGGUAGUUAUAAAUGUUGCAUUAUAGUGAACGAGUUAAUAAGUUACUGUCCAAAUAGAUUGUCAGCACAUAGUUAGUGAUCUAACGUUACUCUUGUCAGUGUUCUUAUUGAUUUAGCGAUAUGAAAGGCCUCAUUAGAUAACACACAGGUGUACGCUGAGAGGUGUGGUCAGAGUGGAAGGUUUUGACUAGAUGUGAUGCAGCUAAUGUUAGAAGUGACUUUUCGUAACAGGUUAGGAGAAUUAGGUUAGGGUUAGCUAAAACGCAAAAAUUCUCCCGACGCAACUUUAACAUGCAACUUUUGACCUCACUUUGACAUCAGCUUCAUCCCUUCUAGCCCUGACCAGAAUGGAGCAGGUGCGUGGACGUUUUCUGUCAUUUCAGGAAGUGACCUCAUCAGGAAACAAAAAUGUUCAACCACCUGAUUGAUAUGUCGGGGUGAGGCAUGACCAUUUACAUGUCUCAUCCGGUCACGUUGACAUAAUGUUUACUAAGUUUUCUGCCUAAAGCAAUGAACGAGUCAGUAGGAUUUGAUAUUGCCAUUUUAGCAGUUCUGAUGUCAUAGAACAACUCAUAUUCAGGUAACAAAGAUGAACACAUAGCCUACUAACAAAAGCCUAAAGGGCAGAUCAUAGGUAAAUAUGACAUUCUUUAGAAGUAGAAUCUAGUAUGCAUGCACAUGCUGUAACAACAAUUGAAAGGAUAUUAUGAGCUUUAGGUCUCAGCUCUCCUCUCAGCUUGGACUAUGACAGGAAUGUAGGAGUCUAAGUUGUAGCUUGUUCUCCCCCAUAUUCCAGAUACCUCCAAUAACACAUAAAACAUCAACCUGGAUCAAGGAUGGUUUAAUUACUCUCCACGGAUCUGGCAUUUCUAUGGGAAGAAAAGUCAGGCAAUGGAGACCAGAAAAGCUCAUUGAAUCAGAGUUGGAUUCUGGCUCUGGAAGCAGCUGGGCUGAUGGCCCAGGCCAACUAGGCUGAUGUGCCUACAAGCACAAGAACAGCAAAGUGCGUCUUUACAGUAGAUCAUUAUUAUGAUGCCCCCUCUACCAUAGUAACUGUUGCCAGUCUGUUAAAUAUUUGAUCUACAGGCGUCAAAAGAUAUCUUGAAAUAACUUUGCAUUUGCCAUAGUGAACUCUUGUUUUGUAAAAUGCCUCAAGUCAAUACAAUAGUGCCUUUUGUAGUAUUGUGCCUCUCUACUGUUGUGUCCUUCAGGACAAUGAAGGACACUCAGAGCAGUGUCUGUUAAAGUCUAGCGCUGGCAAUACUUAACCAGACCUAGACGGAUGAGUCAAGCGUGCUCUAAGAUCUGUGGCCAAUAACUCAGCUGGCAUCCUGAGCUCAGACAUGACAUGUCCUUAGCCUGGGUCUGUUCAGAGGAGGGACCCGGCCCGCUUUAGAGGACAGUCACUCAGUUAGUCAGGAGUAAGUGGAGUGUGAAUGCGGCUUCAUGCUGGGCCCACUGCCUGGACUCCUCUCUCAGGGGCAGGAGCCUGGCUGUCCACUCCACAGACCUCUGAUGGAAGGCCAGCGAUGAAGAAUACAUUAACUGAACUCACAGCAGAGCGUAGUGACUGCACCCUUUCAUACUUACUGGACUGCCAACCAAAUGUCUCUCUGACUCUCAAUCGUAACAUUGAGUUCAAUGAGUGGAAUGGAGGGGUGCGUAGUGCGUAGCGUACUCUCAUGCUACCCCCCUCCCUAUGUCACUGGGGUAGAAUUACAGUAGACCUUAUCCCUGCCCCGGCGAGGGGUUUCACAGCAACAGGAGUAGGCUAAAUGUCAACCCCAACAACUCAUUUUACGGAUGAGUGUAGCCCAAGUUUACAUGUUCCCGUUACAGCACUGGGGAAAGUAGUCACAACCUAGAUGAACCCUGAGAACAUAGCAACAUAGCACUGUACACUCAUAUUACAAACACAUGCCCAGGCUGUUGCAUAACUGGAUCAAGAGCGAUGUAGGCAGCCCCCCCGACAAAGAAAUAAAAGACAGUACAGCUAAUAAGGACAAGCAGUAGGAGAUGGCGAGAUGCAGAAAUGACCCAGUUUCUGUUCUUGUCUCCCUGUACUUCUUCCUCGGGGAUCAUUCCAAAAUGUACUCUCCUAUCAUACUUAUUCCGAUAAGAGUUUGUACUUUUUGGUAGUGUAGAUAUGAAGAUUGUCGUUCCUAUGUUUUGACUUGGUUAUGGACUCUGCUCCGUAUCAGGUUGUGGUGCUUCAAUCCCCUCUGAAAGCCAGGCUGACUGCAGACUACAGCUGUAUCCUCUGUUGUUACAUGUGUUCCCUGUGGAGCCUGGCAGCUGGAGGGGGGCUGCAGGGUGGUCCUACCCCUCAACGUCUUUCUCUCUGGUGGUUAGGACUGAAGGGACGACUGACAAUGGAUACAGUGCUGCUUACAGACCUUUAGGAGUGAGGGCCCCACCCACUCCACUCUCUUCUCCAUUGCUCUGCGGAGCGUUGACUAACGAUGUGGUAUUGUGUUGAUAUUCUUGGAAAUAGGACACUAAUGUUUGGGUCUCUCUUAGUCUUUUUUCUUGUCCCUCCCUCUAAUAUACCUGCUUCCGGCAGUGUUCCUUUCUCUCCCCUCCCUUGUCUGAGAGCCAAGUGGACUAGUCUGCCUGGCUGCUUCCUCAUAGGCUGCUCUGUGGCUCCUGAUAGUGCCCGGGAGUUGCCCCUGGUUACAGGCAGGUGGUGUCGGGUUACCUCACCUUGCUGUGCCAUCCUCCUGUAUCGUUAACCCCAGCCAGCCAGAGAGAGGGAGCAGGGUGGAGACUACACAGCAGGCCUCGGGAGUGGUUUCUGUUUGCUUUGAAUCCUCUCUACUUCAGGUUUCGGCUUGGGGGGUGGAGUUGAGGCCGGGGACCUACUGCCAGAGAGAAUUACCUUGUUUUCACAUCUGACAGGGUUUAUUUACGGAGAAACUGGAGUAGCCUAAGUCAUCGUUGGAGGAAAGGUUGUUUAUUUCCGAGGUUAGGCUACCUUUAGAACAUUGCAGUACACAAUAUCUGGACAUUGAUCUCUGAUCAUUCUCAUGUUGGAAAGUGUUUCCAACCAGCUGACUGAUUUCUAAGGUGGGUGAAACCCUUACGGGGAUGGGAGUCGGUUUCAUUGCACAACAAUCUUUUGUUUUAAGCAACUCUGUUUUAAAAGUAUAACCUUUUGAAGUUGACACGUACUGAAUGUCACUUAGUUUGUCGACAGUGGUGACUUCAGAGGCAAUGGUUUGUGGUAGGGUAUCACUCAAUGGAAUGAAUGGCACCUUGUCCAGUGUGUUACUAGCAAUGUGGAACCUCUGACACAAUACUGUUGGAAUCAAUGUUUUGCCUCCACGUAUAUUUGCUUUAUCUUGCCUUAUCUCAUGUUUUGGGGACUGCAGAUACAAACGUUGGUUGCGGCACUCCACAAACACCAUUGUGCUUCUGACGUUUACACUGUUCUCAUCACGAGUACUUGUUUUUCUAUCAGCGUCUGUUGGUUUUGAUCUUGUUGCCUAGUGUGUACACUUCCUAUGGGUUGGUUGGUUGGCUUGUUACAGCAGCCUGGACACACACGAACUCCAUUGCCCUAGUCUAACGAGUGCAUGUUUAAUGAGGAGGCUCAGGUGGAUUCAUAUAUCAGGAAGCAGGGGAUUUAUACGCCAUGACAAAUGGUCAUCCAUUCAAACGGGUUGGACUGGCUUUCAAACGUGUUGGAGUGGCUAGCUUCUUUUAAAAAAAUCAUGUUUGAGUUCCUUGUUGAACCUACUUAAUUAAUCUGCAUAAUUAAUGACCUGACAGGAGAUAUUAGUGGAUGUGUGAGGGAGAUACAUGAUGAAGCUCCAUCUGGUGUUGAGGUAAUUAAUCAGGCUGAAAAGAGCCGCUACUGAACCUGGACUCCACCACUCACACUCUGCUCACCCGAGCGCUGAGCCACACACACACACACACACACACACUGGCCAGGAGACGCUAGUAGAGGAUUGGGGUCACUUCACAUUGAUGCAGGCUAUGUGUUGUUGACCUCAGAACUGGAAGGUGGAGCAAUGGUAUUUUUAGGUGCUGUGUGUGAGAAUGAAAUGGGGAGAAACACGGAAAUGUGUGUGUGUGUGUUAGGGUUUCAAAACUAACGGUAAUUUACAAAAGUUACUGGAAUGUUUGGUAAUUUUGGUGAUGAUCAGGUAAUCUAUGGUAAUUUUGUUAAUUUAUAUUUGAAUAACUUAAAUAUUCAUAUGAAGUAUUCACUUCUAUAUCUGUGUUCAUGAGUUUCUAGUGGAUAGACCAUAGGGUUCAAGAGAAAUUAGCCAAAUCAAUGAAAAGAAACAUCAAUGUUACAGAAUUACUUUGAAAGUUACCAGUAAUUUACCCUCCCUUUGCAAACCUAAUGUGUGUCAUUGCGGAUAUGGACACAGUUUGUCUGUCCCUGCAAGUGCAUCAACCGUACAUCCGAUUGUGUGUGAGAAUUAAAGGGGGAGAAACAUUGUAUGUGACAUUGUGACUUGACACCGUUUGUGUGUGUCCCUGCAGAGUACAGCCGGUUUGAGUCGAAGAUCCACGACCUGAGGGAACAGAUGAUGAACAGCAGCAUGAGCUCUGGGUCGGGCUCCCUGCGCACCAGUGAGAAACGCUCCCUCUACGUCAGGUACCAGAAUACACACACAAACCUCCCUGUGCACCAGCGAGAAACACUCCCUCUGUCAGGUACCAGAACACACACACAAACCUCCCUGUGCACCAGUGAGAAACACUCCCUCUGUCAGGUACCAGAACACACACACAAACCUCCCUGCGCACCAGAGAGAAACGCUCCCUCUACAUCAGGUACCAGAAUACACACACAAACCUCCCUGCGCACCAGCGAGAAACACUCCCUCUACAUCAGGUACCAGAACACACACACAAACCUCCCUGUGCACCAGCGAGAAACGCUCCCUCUACAUCAGGUACCAGAACACACACACAAACAGUACACACAGCUCCCAAACUCAUCACAUUUAGCUCACCACUCACAAAUACUAAGAUUUUUCAUCAUCACAAAGUAGGUCAUUAAACUAUCGGAUGCCAAAUAUCUGAUUAAUUUGAUGAGCAAGCUUUUCUGUUGGAUGCCACACAUGAACUAUUUUACAUAUAGCGCAUCCUACGAAUGGCGAAAGUUCUGCUGGUAUCAUAAUGUUAUCACAUUGUGGGCAUGAAGCCAAACUGUAUGGAACCCCAGCCAGUCAGUCAGGAAGAGUAACAGGUGGCAGGCCUCUCGCUCUCUCUGCUAUAAUGAGUGCAGCUGCCUGAUUCAGGACAGGAAGGGCUCUGGGGGGGGUCAUGGUGAAAAGGAUGAAUCUAUGAUUUAACACUCAGAGAGAGAGACGGAGAGAGCGAGCGAGAGAUAGCAAGGAACCAUAUUUCAAGUUAAGUGCUGUGUAGCAGCUUCACGUGAGCCCAAUAUUUAGGCUACAACCCCUGCAAUAAUAUGAACAGUUUCAGAUCCUAUUUGAUGGAGAUUCUUGACAGAGAAGGAAGCAUCUUACUAUGAACAUAAGCUAGAUCAAAAUACUUGAAGUGUAAUCAGUUCAAUGUUCUAAAGCAAAAACGGUCAAUGAAAAAAGUAAGAUUCUACUGCUCUGUCAUUUAACCAUUCGUGUUAUCUCCCAGCAAGACUCUAGCUCAUUGGACCACCUGUAGACUGUGUAAACCAGGAUGACUAAUGCUCUCUAAGACUCUCCUGUCAACCAGGGAGAGCCAUCCUUUCCUUUCAUCUGUGUGGGUGACUAAGCAUACAGUUAUGGAGGAAAAGGCUGUGUCUGUUUUAGCCCACUGCAGCAGCCUCUGGAAUGUGAGGAGGCCUCUCCAGUGCUCACACACACUCCAACUACACACACACACACAUACCCAGGGUGUGUCUGAAUGCCUGUGUGAGGGGAGGCAGUCAUGCAACCUGGCAGUGAGACUCAAUACCAUUACCUGCAGGGAGCUAGUAGCAGGGCAGUCUGAAUACUUCUUCAGACCAGGCAACCAGUAGGGAGAACACACUGGUAAGAUCAAUUCCACACUGGACCACGUAGUGUCCUGCAGAUCCAGGUCAGAUUGGUGGCAGCAGUGGAACCUCUAGAGCAGGAAUUCCUCCCUGUAAAAUAGCAGUGGUUGACCUGUCUGACAGGGAACAGACAGACCCACAGCAGCCUAGCUGUCUUCAAUGGAAACUGUGGCAACAAAGAAGCCAGUGUCUGUUUUGCAAUAACAUUGUCAAAUUUCAUCUUUUACAUUUUAGCAAUUUAGCAGAUGCUCUUAUCCAGAGCGACUUACAGUUAGUGAGUACAUACAUUUAUUUAUUUAUUUUUUCAUACUGGCCCCCCGUGGGAAACGAACACACAACCCUGGCGUUGCAAGCGCCAUGCUCUACCAACUGAGCUACACGGGGCUACAUGAGAAGUAGUGGGUUUUAAACUUCACAACCUGUUACUAGUGUGGUGCAGUAAUAUGUUGUUGAGUGAUUGACACUAACACCUCUCUGUCUCUCUCGCUGUCUCUCUGUGUCUGUCUCUCUCUCUGUGUCUGUCUGUCUCGCUCUCUGUCUGUCUGUGUCUCUCUGUCUGUCUGUGUCUGUCUGUCUCUGUCUGUCUGUGUCUGUCUGUCUGUGUCUGUCUGUCUGUCUCUCUGUGUGUGUGUGUGUGUGUGUGUGUGUAGAGCUCUGUUUGACUACGACCGGACCAGAGACAGCUGUCUGCCCAGCCAGGGCCUGAGCUUCUCCUAUGGGGACAUCCUGCAUGUCAUCAACGCCUCCGAUGACGAGUGGUGGCAGGCACGCCUGGUCACGCCCCACGGGGAGAGCGAGCAAAUCGGGGUCAUUCCAAGCAAGAAGAGGUAACCUCAUCACCCCCUUUUACUACCCAAAAUGUGCAGCUGUCGUGUGACUUUCAAAAGUGCCUCAGUAAGAGAACUGAAAUGUCUUUUUCUAUGCAGGGUGGAGAAAAAAGAGCGAGCGAGGUUAAAAACAGUCAAGUUCCACGCCAGGACGGGCAUGAUCGAGUCCAACAGGGUGAGUCUGGAGGGCUGUGCUCUCUGGUUCUCCUGCCUGGCAGUGGGCACCCAGGGAGCUGACCCACUUCCCCCUCCCUGAGGCAGGCAGUGUGGGAACAGGAGCAUGUAGUAGGGACCUAGCUACUCACUGGAGCUAGUGGCGGAAACUAAAGACUCAGAAUACAUUACAUUGCAGACAGGCUACCAAACCGACUCAUGCUUAAUAAUUAAGCAAUAAGGCCGAGGGAGUUUGUAGUAUAUGGCCAGUAUACCAUGGCUAAGGGCUGUUCUUAAGCACGACACAACGUGGAGUGCCUGGAUACAGCCCUUAGCCGUGGUAUAUUGGUCAUAUAUCACAAACCCCCAAGGUGCCUUAUUGCUGUUAUAAACUAGUUACCAACGUAAUAAGAACCAUAAAAAGAAAUGUUUCGUCAUACCCGUGGUAUACCACGGCUGUCAGCCAAUCAGCAUUCAGUGCUCGAACCACCCAGUUUAUAAUGCUUAAUAAGAACUGUCCUAUCUAAGUGCAUUAGUGUUUUUUUUAUGUGAUAUAAAAUCUGUGUACAUCAGGCAAUGUAUGAAACCCCUGGUUCACAAAUCUAGGCUCUCGUUGGUCAAUUAUUGAUUGGCUAAGUGUUAUCACAUGAUGUUCAUGUAAUAUUUUGACCCAAUCAUUCACACUGUAAUGAUAUAAGAAAGUAAUUUCAGCUUCUAUAUACCGUUUCUAUGAUCAAAAAUGGAAGUAGCAUCUUUUCUUUGCAUAAGUGUUCCAUUCAUUUCACCCUGGUUAUCUUCAUUUAUUGUUAAAUUUUUUAUAGAUUUUUGUCUGUUUUAUUUCAUUUUGCAUGUGUGUUUGGUGUCCUCGUUGAACAAAAACAUUCUGUUCUGUUUGUUGUUUCAUUACCCCUCCUAUCGCCCCUGUCCCCUCAUCAUGCACAUCUCCAAGCAGUCAAUCAAAGUAAAGCGCAAAAAAAGCUUCAACCUCUCACACAAGUUCCCGUUUUACAAGAGCAAGGAGAAUAUUGUGCAGGAGUUGGUGGAGUCUGAACGUGAGUACCCAACGUGUGUGAUACGAGGGGGUUUUACUUUUCACGCUUUCCUUUCAUGCUUCAUCUCUCCACUCACCUCUGGGAGCAGACCGUGGCUGUCUGUCUGUGGGCAGUGCGGUCUUUCCCCUCUUAUUCAAUCACCCAGAGAAGACCCACACAGAACCAGGCCUGGGGUUCAGGUGUCGUCCUCUCUCUGGUGUCCGUCUGUCUGUCCUCUAGUGGAGACUCCAGGUGUGUUCUGCUGGCUGCCAGGGAAGGUGUGUGUCUGGCUGCACUAAAACAGUAACCGUGUACUGCUGCUAGAGGCCCUGUUAGAUCCCCACUAUUCACUGCUGCCCAGUCAAUCCUCGACCCACAGAUCUAGAAUCACAUUAACUGGACGGCAGAACUAAAAAGCAUUAAGACCAACGGGUCAAAAUCCCAUUCUUAAUGGGAUUGACUGUGUGUAAUUGAAAAACACGUUGGAUUUCACUAGGAAUAGAGUGGCGUUCCGGGUUUAGGGCGCACUGUGCCUUGUGUUGGUCCCCCCAUCUUUGCCUGCCUCCAGGCGAGCAGCAUAGCACACCUCCCUUUCUCUCUCUCGGCCCGUUCCAGCGCUCACUAACCUCUUCUUCUUCUGUCUGCCUCUUCUCUCUGUGUUUCUGCUCUCACCUGUCGGGACACUCAGGACUUCCCAGGGUUAAGCGAUGACUUUUAUGGAUCAAAGAGUUUGAGUAAGUGUGUGGUUGGACUGUCGCGCUGCAGCUGCUGUUCCCUGAGCUCCGAGCUAAACGCCUGUUCAACCCGACUGGCAAUGGCUGCAACACACACGCACACGUGCUCACUCUUGUUUACCGAUACACACACACACACUUACAAACACACACCCCUAGGGUAAGAGUGCAAGCGUUAGACCUCGUCUGACUUGUAGGGAUUUUACUAUAAAAGUUUAGCAGGGCAUUGUCAGAGAGUGAUUACUUGGAGGAACCUCGUAUCUCCCUUCCCUUCACUGACUGGACAGGGAUUGCUUUUCCUAUUCUGUUUUUCCCUGUUAGCCAGCCGCGCUGACUGCCCAGUGCCCAUGCAUCCUUGUUAACAGGCUAACUUCAACUGUGUUUUCUUUGGCUUGUCCCUGACAUUGUAUCUGCCGUCACAGAUACAGACCCAUCCAUAGGAAACAUAGGCAAGGGACCGCAGGGUCAGUGAAAGGAAACACUUAAUUUCCUAUUGCUGCCACCUCCAAACACUUCCCCCUAUAGAGAGUGGCGUCGCUGGCACUCUGCCUGUUUUUCUUUGGGGUUAAGCAGUGGGACAACGGGGGUUGGUUUUUUCUUCUUGAUGCUCUGAGACUGGUGGUGAACAUAAUUGUUUUCACCAAAAUGAAUGUGGCUUUACUACUACUUACCAGCUUUAAACUUUCCCCAACAUAAACAUGUUCCUCUCCUUGCAGAAUGCCUGACGUCAAACACCAGCGACAGUGAAAGCAGCUCAAGUAAGCAACCGUCUUUUUUUGUAAGAAAAUAAAAAUGAAUGCCUCGUUUCUAAAAUAACCCACCUAAAUGAAAAGCACGCCGCACGUCAUUACGCCUGUAUCCAGAAUGUCUUUGAAUCCUCGGUGCUGUAGUUCCACUGAGGUAGUAUCAGGUCCUUUAGUAGCAAAACCGUCUCUUAUAUGCUGUUAUGGAAAAGGUGACUGCAUGAAAAGAGUACUUUAAACAUUCCACUACUAUCAACCACAUCUGGUAAUCCAUUGUCAUGGGAUUAUAAUAAAGACUACUCUCUUAACUCAUACCGUUUUCUUUCUUUCUGCUAUUCAGAGGGCCAGGAAGACACAAUUCUCUCAUACGAGCCAGUGAUUCGACAGGAGAGUGAGUAUAAUAUACGUAUAUAAAUGAUUUGUUCUCCAUUUAGAAGAGGGUUGGAGACCAUUUAAUGCUUGCUGUGUCUUUAUUCCAGUGUUUGCAGACAUUAGUUCUGACCUGAAUCCUCUCGUUUGCAGUUCAUUACACGAGGCCUGUGAUCAUCUUGGGCCCAAUGAAAGACCGAGUUAACGAUGACCUGAUUUCAGAGUUCUCUCACAAGUUUGGCUCCUGUGUUCCCCGUGAGUAGACCACUCAGCAACAUGCAUCACAUUAUCACAGCAACUUAUGGAAACACUGUGUUUUAGCGACUACUCUCUAACCAUCAUUUGAACGUGUCCCUCUCUCUGUGCAGACACGACACGUCCUCAGCGGGAGAAUGAGAUGGACGGACAGGACUACCACUUUGUGGGCUCGCGGGAGCAGAUGGAGAAGGACAUUCAGGAUAAUAAGUUCAUUGAGGCAGGCCAGUUCAACGAGAACCUCUAUGGGACCAGCAUCUUGUCUGUCAGAGCAGUGGCUGAGAGGGUAAGGGGCUCACACAUACACAACAUAAAUGUACAGCAUACAGAGAUGCAAACUCCUCACUUUUCUGCGAUAUUCGCCGGUUUGUUCUCAAAUAGGUAAUCCACGUGAAUCGUGUAGAUCCGUAAAAAAACUAAAUGUAAAGCGUGCAGACGCAGUGGAUCACCCGUUGAGCUAUAAAAGAGGCGCAAACAGAUCUUGACUUCUUCUCCCUGUGAUCACUAAAUAAACAACUUUUUCCCCCCCCCCUUACUAGCUUUGACUUUGCUGAUAGCUACUUUGAGGAAAAAUGUACUUGCUAUGCCUGUGAUAAGUGGUUGUUCCGCCUAGCUAUCUUAUUUCUUUUUGUACUUUUUUAUUCAUUUUUUACGCCUUUUUCUCCCCAAAUGGUAGUUACAGUCUUGUCCCAUCGCUGCAACUCCUAUACGGACUUGAGAGAGGCGAAGGUCGAGAGCCAUGCGUCCACCGAAACACAACCCUGCCAAGCCUCACUGCUUCUUGACACACUGCUUGCUUAACCCGGAAGCCAGCCGCAAUAAUGUGUCAGAGGAAACACAGUACAACUGGCGACCGAAGUCAGCUUGCAGGCGCCCGGCCUGCCACAAGGAGUCGCUAGAGCGUCCCGGCUGGCCAAACCCUCCCCUAACCCAGACGACGCUGGGCCAAUUGUGCGCCGCCUCAUGGGUCUCCCAGUCGCGGCCGGCUACAACACAGCCCGGGAUCGAACCCGUGUCUGUAGUGACGCCACUCGGGAGGCCCCGCCUAGCUAUCUUAAGAUGAAUGCACUAACUUUAAGUCGCUCUGGAUAAGAGCGUCUGCUAAAUGACUAAAAUGUAAAUGUAUGUUUCACAUAUUGAAGUUAAUGACUGAGCACAGAAUGCAUCUUUACUAAUCCUACAAAUAGAAUAUCAAACAAAGUUCAGAGCGUGAUGUCAUAUCAAAAUGAAUCUCGGUUACCCAGAAGUAAAAUUAUCUUGCGAACGUUUGGCAUUUAAUUGGUCUACGAGAGAUUAUAUCAGAAUGAGUGCUUCAUCCAAUAUCACCUGUGACGGCUGUGAGCAGCCAGCCACAUCCCCUAAAGAGCCAUUAGCCUACUCAGCUGCUUCUCUCAGUCCGUUCCUUCUGCGCAUCUCCAUCGGGUUUAAAAUGUUAUUUAGCCGUGAUGGUGAGCUGGGGUGUGCAGACUGAUGAGGCUUCUGUUGUUACAUUUGUUUAGGUAUUGCAGCGCGAGCGACGUGGAUACGUAUCUUUAAUUUCACCUGUAAGAGCAAGCAGGCCAGUCUGCUAGGCUUUGCUGUCAGGCAGCCAUAGAGGAAAAACAGAGCACGGUGACAGUCAUGCUUGCGCCUUUACAUCACUGGAAACCGUGAGUUUCUAGGCCAAACCACUCAAAAGUUAUGCUCCAUAUUAAUGAAGCUACCUUCUCCUCUUUCUACUGCGAAUUGGUGCCAGUUUAUAUAAUGAACCAUGUCGCAGGCCGUUUUUCAACUCCUGACGAGCUGCAAGUUUUUGGUUUGAUAACAAACAACCUUGUUUAGUUAUGUUACCUGGCUAGCUAGCUAACAACAUGGUACCAUGGCUAUGCACAAAUAUGGAUGGCACAGGACAAACAGAAAAGUGAUAGCCUACUCAAAGAGAUGCUUCAACGGUAGGAUGCAUAUGCCUAAUCAAUGUAAUUCUAAGCUAAAUCUGGAAUCACAAUACUACUUGGUAUGGUGAUACUUGGCCUGGUAUCACAUCUUUAGUAAAAUGUUGGUAUUGUGUUAACCCCACUCUGAAAAUGGGGAAAUUCUUGCAGCGUACAGAUUUUCUGUUUGUUUUUGUGCGAAAAAAUUGUCACCUUUUUGGGUCCUCACAAGUUUGCAUCCAGGGUUAAUUUCUGAUUCAUUCUUAAUGGAUGUAGCCUGAUAAAGUAUGUGGUAUUUUCAUACUUAACUGCUCUUUCUUUCCUCUUCCUGCAGGGAAAACACUGUAUCCUGGACGUGUCUGGAAAUGCUAUAAAGCGACUGCAACAAGCACAACUUUAUUCGAUUGCAAUUUUCAUCAAACCAAAAUCCAUUGAAGCUCUUAUGUAAGUGUGUGUUCUUGGAACUAAUAAACUGUUAACUGCGUUGCACUUUACUGUUAACUCCAUACAACAAUCACUUCCUGUACUACAACCAAUCAUGUGUUGUGUUGCAGGGACAUGAAUAAGAGACAGACUUACGAGCAAGCUAAUAAAGUCUUUGAUAAGGCAAUUAAGCUUGAACAAGAGUUUGGAGAAUUUUUCACAGGUAAUGCCACUAUUUAUUUCAUUUUUUCACGGAUGCUAAAUAUUUUAGAUAAGCUUGAAUUGUAUUGUAGUAUGAGUAGGAAUCUUAAUGCAUCGAUGCACUCAUGAUAUUUGUCUCUAUCUCUCUAUCUAUCUGCAGCCAUUGUACAGGGUGACUCGCUAGAGGAGAUCUACAACAAAAUCAAGAUGAUCAUUGAGGAACAGUCGGGCCCCUACAUCUGGAUACCUUCUUCAGAGAAGCUCUGAGCUCCCAGCUUUACCCCUCUGUCGGCGCAGUGCCCCCCCCCACCCCUCCCGACACCCUGCCCAUCCCCGGAAUAGCUCCUCCCUCCCCCUUUUUUGCAGAUAUGUUUCAUAUCAAGUUUUAGUGUCAUCAUUAUGUUAAUCUCAAAUGAAAAGAAGUCUUAUCACCAUUACUGUGACUGUGCACAACCCUGCAUGUGUUUCUCAGCAAAUCCAUUCAAGACUGGAAAUGCCAUUCCAAGUGAGUUUGUCAUUUAAAACAAAACAAGGGAAAAGAAAAAUGAAUCGUUCUUUGUGAAAUGGGACUGACAGUUGAAGAUCAGAAUGUUUUACAGACGACGCCGGAGUGAGGAGGAGUUUGGGAUUCAGGAGAAGUUGCAGGGGAACGGAGACAAAUCAUACAAGUUGGAACACUUUGUAAAUGUUCAUCAAAUCACAUUUUAAAAAAGACACGCAAGAUGAGAAGCAAAGACCACUUAGGUUGUUUUUUUCUACGAGGACUGGAUAAUAUCAAGCCCAGCUGAUGGUACUGUUGGAG